ACACUAGAAAUGUUCUAAUAUUUUGUUUCAAUUAUCAACAAUCAAUUGUUGCGAUUACUCAUGAAAGAAAUUGAAUGAAUUAUUUCUAUUAUUUUUCAUUAUAAACAUUUAACAAUUGUUUAUCUAAAAUAUUUUAUUGAUCCAAAGUAUGAGUGAACUUUCAUUCAGUAAAAUGGAUAUCACAUUCGAUGAUAGAUUGAGUGCCUUGCAACAAAUAAGUCAAAGAAAAUUGGUAGAUAUUUUAGAUUCUAUAUCUGGCAAAAAAGAUCUCAUUAUAGAACAAAAAUUAAUGAAAACCUUAGAUUCAUUUGUCGGAGUUACAGUUCUUAAGAGACACGGAGUUGAUAAGAUAUUCAAGUUAGAACCAGGAUUAAAACCUAAUAAUACUCAUCGAAUUUUCUUAACACCCUACGAUCUAAUAUCUUGUAAAAGGGUACUCGAUCAAAUUCAGUCAGAGUUAUCUCAAACUCAAGGCCUAGUAUUUCAUAUGUUAGUAGCACCAUAUGUACCCACAGUUUUACAAUCACUUAUUGAAGAAGAAGGUCUAGCUGAUUUAAUAACAAUCCAUCAAAUGUCAUGGGAAUUUAUUCGAAUUGAUGGAAAUGUGCUAUCACUAGAAACUCCAAUGUUUACUGAUCUUUUUUAUCACAAAGAUACAAGUCUAUUACCAGCCCUAGCUCGCAAAUUAUGGUCAUUACAACUAGUCCUAGGUUGGCCUAAAUUAACAUUUUCAUUUGGAAAACACAGUGAACAAGUCUUAAAAAUGGUUGAUACAAUGAAAGAAGUGAAAUCUAUAACUCCUGAAGCUGAAGUAGGAGGUCUUAUUAUUAUGGAUAGAACUUAUGAUCUUGUACCAACGUUAUUAACUCCAGUGUCUUAUCUUGGAUUAUUAAGUGAGGUUGCGCCUAUGAACGUAGGUGUAGCAACAGUAGAAAAAAAUCAAAUUAAAUUGGAUCCAAAGAAAGAUCAAGUUUAUGAAGAUAUUCGUGAUAUCCACUUCAGUGAUGUUUUUCCUAAACUUCGUGCUAUGGCUAAGUCAUUAAAAUCUGAACAGGAAGCAACACAAACGAUGAAGCUGGCAGAAAUGGGGCAUUAUGUGGCUACGAGACUGCCAAAAACAGCAGAAGUCAAACGACAAUUAGCUGCUCAUAUUACUGCAUGUGAAGCAAUUAUUGGAUCUUUGGGUUCGGAGUUCGAAACAUUGCAAGCAAUUGAACAAUCAAUACUUGAUUGCUCUAGACGAAAAGAAUGUCUAGAUUAUAUCGAGAGAUAUAUUGAUGACAAUCCAAUGCGCAGUCUUCGACUUUUAUGCUUGCUUUCUAUCACUAGUGAUGGCCUUACUCCUGCCGAAAUAAAUUUAAUCCAAAAAUCUCACCUCCAUGCUCACGGUUACGAGCAUAUACCUCUGUUUUAUAAAUUAGAAACUUCAGGAUUUUUGCGACAAAAGAAAGAAAAUCUUCUUAAUAAAUUGCCAACAUGGAGUGGAGAGUGGUCUAGCAAUGUUCAACGAAUGAAAUUGUUACCAAAUCAGUCUAAAAAAUCUGAUAAAACUACUAUUUGUCCAAGUUAUGUAUAUAGUGGAGCUUAUAUUCCUGCCAUUGCUCAAUUUCUGAAAGUUGCAUUAGCUCAAGUAACAGAUGCUAAGAGUUAUGAUGAAUUGAUUAACUUACCAGAGUGUAAAGUGAAUCAUCCACGAGUUUUAUUACAACCCAAGACAGUAAUUGUUUGUAUUAUUGGAGGAAUUACGUACGGAGAAAUAUCAGCUUGUCGGCUUGUUGAAAAAUCAACGGGAAUACGGCUAGUUCUUGUUUCUGAUUGUUUAAUUACUGGUGAUAAACUUAUUAACAACAUACAAAAUGCUUAAUUUAUAUUAUUAAAUACUGAUAAUUUAUAUUUCUAUAAAAAA